CACAGUAGAUUUGUCGUGCUGUAAGAUUCGUAUAACUGCGUCGGACGCAUGUACGAGCGCUGUGGAGUGCGCAGUUGUUGCGGGUAGUUUGAAGUGCGCCACUGGAACAACAUGUCUCCCUUCUGAGCAUCGUACGGCAUGGGAGGGCAAAUAGUUGGCGUACAUCGUUGCAGAGUGUGUAUGUUUGAGCUGAACCCAUAGGAUACUUUUUGAGGACAGAGUGAUUUGUGUCGCCAUGUUUCGGCACACGAAGGCUGUGCUGGAGAAACUACGUAAUGUACGUUUACAAGGCCGGCAGCUCUCAUGGAGGCAGAGGAGCACUGCAGUAGAAGAGAAGACUCUUCAUUACAAAGCAGGUCAACAAAUCCAUGGUUUCACAGUUAAAGAGGUCGUAGCAGUACCAGACUUAUUCCUCACCGCAGUCAAGUUGACUCAUGAUAAAACAGGAGCUCAGUAUCUGCACGCAGCCAGGGAUGACGCCAAUAACCUCUUCAGCAUCCAGUUCAGGACCACCCCCAUGGACAACACAGGCGUCCCCCACAUCCUGGAGCACACGGUGCUGUGUGGAUCCAAAAAGUAUCCAUGCAGAGAUCCUUUCUUCAAGAUGCUCAACAGGUCCCUGUCCACCUUCAUGAACGCCUUCACAGCUAGCGACUAUACCAUGUAUCCCUUCUCCACCCAAAACGGGAAAGACUUCCAGAAUCUUCUUUCCGUCUAUCUGGAUGCUGUCUUCUUCCCGUGUUUAAGAGAGCAGGAUUUCUGGCAGGAAGGUUGGAGGUUGGAGAACGAGAACCCAACAGACACCAGCUCACCUCUGGUGUUUAAAGGAGUCGUCUUCAACGAGAUGAAGGGCGCUUUUUCCGACAACGAGCGUGUGUAUGCUCAGCACCUCCAGAACAAGUUGUAUCCAGACCACACCUACUCUGUGGUGUCUGGAGGCGAGCCGCUGGCUAUUCCUGACCUCACAUGGCAGCAGCUCAAACAAUUCCACGCCACACAUUACCACCCCAGCAAUGCCAGGUUCUUCACCUACGGAGACUUGCCUCUGGAGCAACAUCUGAAGCAGAUUGAGGAGGAGGCGCUGUCCAAGUUUGAACGCAUCGACCCCAAUACACAAGUCCCAUCUCAGCCAAGAUGGACCAGUCCUAGAGAAGACCAUGUGACUUGCAGCCCUGACUUGAUGGCUCCCGAUCCUUCCCGACAGAAUACGCUGUGUGUCAGUUACAUGCUGGGAGACAUCACCAACACCUUUGAAGCCUUCGUGCUCAGCAUGUUGUCUUCACUCAUGACAUCGGGUCCAAAUGCUCCCUUCUACAAAGCUCUCAUCGAACCUAAAAUAGGAACAGACUUCUCCUCAGUGGUGGGGUAUGAUGGCAGCACAAAAGAGGCUUCAUUCAGCAUCGGCCUGCAAGGGAUGGCCGAGGAGGACACGGAGAAGGUCAAGCACAUCAUUCACCAGACCAUCGGUGACAUCAUUGAGAAGGGCUUUGAGGAGGAGAGAAUCGAGGCUCUUCUGCACAAGCUCGAGAUUCAAAUGAAGCACCAGUCCACCAAUUUUGGCCUGUCUCUGGCCUCGUACAUCGCGUCCUCAUGGAACCAUGAUGGCGACCCUGUGGAGCUGCUACAGAUCAACAACAGUGUCGCCAAGUUCAGGCAAGCCCUGAAAGAAAACCCACGCUUCCUGCAGGAGAAAGUCCAACACUACUUUAAGGAGAACACACACCGACUGACUCUCUCCAUGACUCCGGAUGACUCCUACUUGGAGAAACAGGCCAAAGCGGAGGAGAAGAAACUCCAGGAGAAGAUCAACGCUCUGUCUGACAUUGACAAGAAGGAGAUCUAUGAGAAAGGUCUUCAGCUGUUGGAAGCUCAAAAUAAGACACAGGAUGCUUCGUGUCUGCCAGCCCUCAAAGUCUCAGACAUUGCGCCCACCAUACCCGUCACGCCUGUCCACAUGAGCAAUGUUGGAUGCGUGCCGGUCCACUUCUGUGAGCAGCCCACCAAUGGUUUGGUUUAUUUCCGAGCAAUGUGCAGCCUCAACACGCUUCCAGAGGAAUUGAAGCUCUAUGUCCCGCUUUUCUGCAGCGUCGUCACCAAGAUGGGCUGUGGUUCUCUGGACUAUCGGCAGCAAGCCCAGCAGAUGGAGUUGAGGACGGGGGGCAUGUCUGUGUCCCCCCAAGUCAUUUCUGACUGCACCAACUUGGACAUGUUUGAGCAGGGUGUCCUCCUGUUCUCCUCCUGCUUGGACAGGAACCUACCUCACAUGUUCGAGCUAUGGCGGGACAUCUUCACCAGCCCGCAUUUCGACAACGAGGAGCGUUUGAGGGUGCUGGUAAUGAUGUCAGCACAAGAACUGGCCAAUGGGAUCUCCUACUCUGGUCACAUGUACGCCAUGACAAGGUCGGCCCGUCACCUGACUCCGGCAGGGGAACACCAUGAGACCUUUGAUGGGAUGGAACAGGUGCGGUUCAUGAAGAGGAUAGCAGAGAUGUCAGACCUCACUCAGGUCAUCCGCAUGCUGCCCAGGAUCAAGAAACACAUCCUCAAUCCUGACAACAUGAGGUGCGCCAUCAAUGCCACGCCUCAACAGGUGUCCAAGUCGGCAACAUAUUUGGAGAGCUUCAUGAAGGACGUAGCCGCUAACAGGAAACACUUCAAAGCUGUGCGACCGAACAUCAUCAAGAGGCCACUAGAUGUCCUCGGUGAGUCCGGACCUAGCAGGAAGCUUGUCCAUGAGCCAAAUUUCCAUCCUUGUUAUAUGAAGACGUUCUUCCAGCUGCCAUUCCCAGUCAACUUUGUCAGCGAGUCUGUGCGCACAGUUCCUUACAGCCACGAGCACUACGCCAGUCUCUGUGUCUUGGCAAGGAUGAUGACGGCAAAGUUCCUCCACGGAGUGAUCCGAGAGAAGGGCGGGGCCUACGGGGGCGGAGCCAGAAUGGGAGGAGGUGGCCUCUUCUCAUUUUACUCCUACAGGGAUCCAAACUCUGUGCAGACGCUCUCUGCCUUUCAGAAAGGUGUGGAGUGGGCAAUGUCAGGUCAGUUCAGCCAGCAGGACAUCGACGAAGCCAAGCUGUCCGUCUUCUCCUCCGUUGACUCGCCUGUGGCGCCCUCUAGCAAAGGAAUGUCCGUCUUCCUGAGUGGACUCACAGACGAGAUGAAGCAGCAUCACAGGGAAAGGCUCUUUGCCGUCACACAUAAAAACCUUCUGGACGUGGCUGAGAGGUACCUCAGUGCCGGUCACAAGACUUGCGGCGUGUCCAUCCUGGGCCCAGAGAACGACGCCAUCAAGAAAGAUCCAUCAUGGGUGGUCAAAUGAUGCAUUGAUGUAUGGUACACAUGUAAACAUUAUGCACAUAUUUAUCUAGAUAAGGCAAAUAAAUGAUCAGGUUGGAAUAUG